GCUCGACAGCACCAUGGCCAAGCUGAAUUGCAGCAGUGAGCAGGAGCAGCUCGGUGGUGACGUGCUCCUCGUAAACUUGAGCGCGUUUGGCGAAGAGCUAGCAGGCGGCGCCUGGAGUGGCAGUGGCAGCGCCCCCUUCACGUGGUCCGAGUACGUCAAGAUCGGCGCAUACCUGGCGACCAUCGCGGUGGCCGCCGUGGGCAACACUUGUGUCAUCCUGACGGUGGCGCUGAACCGCAGCCUGCGCACCACCAUCAACUGCUACCUGACAAAUCUGGCCGUGGCGGACGCCAUCAUCAGCAUGUUCUGCAUGUGGGUCUACCUGGUCAAGAACCUGUCCGACUGGUACGUGCUCGGAGCCUUCAUGUGCCGCAUCGAGGGAUUCGCCCAGAUGACGGCCGUGACGUGCAGCGUCCUCACGCUGUCUGCGAUUUCGUGCGACCGGUUCACGGCCAUCCUGUACCCGUUCCGCGCACGCAUCACCAAGCAGCGCACGGGCGGAGUGCUGGCUGCCGUGUGGCUCCUGUCGGCCACCGUCGCCUCGCCUCUCCUGCUCUACACGACGCCCUACAACGUGCAGUGGACCGACGUGGAGCUGACGUACUGCGGCGAGAGCUGGCCGCAGCGCAUCGAGUGGGACCCUGUGGAGGAGGCGUGCGUAGCGCGGUCGCCCUUCAAGCAGCUCUAUUACACGGCCGUCACGGUGGCGCUCUUCUUCGUACCCGUGCUCGUGAUGAGCUCGGCUUACGCGCUCAUCUUGCACGCUCUCUGGAGGGACCGGCACCCGGGCGAGGCCAACGCCAACAAUGCGCUGCUCCACUCCCGGGCCAAGAGGAAGGUUGUGAAGCUGGUGUGCGUGGUGCUUCUUGUGUUUGUCCUUUGCUGGAUGCCCUUCCAAGUCAUCGUUCUGUUUUCGCAGUUUCGGGACAACGGGAACCACAGCCAACCGCUGCCUUCGUGGUUCUCGCCGGCCUCGUUCUGGUGCACGUACUUGGCGUACGCCAACAGCGCGCUGAACCCCAUCAUCUACGGCGGCAUGACGCCCACCUUCCGCCAGGGCCUGGCGAACGUCUUGCGCUGCGGGCACCGGCGCAGGACCGACUAUCCGAAACGAUGGUCGGUGCGGUCCCGGCUGACGCUGACCACAGGGCCGAACGCAGGCAGCGCCGCUCGUCCUCUGCGCUUGUGCGCCAAGGCUUCCUAUUCGGGCACUUCUUCCACCACGAUGCUGCUCACCGCGCAGAGGGUGACGCCACCCGUGGCGCGGUGUGCCUGCCGCACAGGCAGGGUGUGCGCGGCCACCGACGUGUAGCGGUUGAAGAUCGGCGCUCGUUUCCUGGCACACCGACUCGGAUCCGGAUUGGUUCCGCGGGCCCGGCGCUCUAAGUGAACGGCACGAAAGGACGCGCACAAACUGUGCAUCUAUUUGCGUGUCAAGCAAAAAGAGAAAAAAAAGUGCAACAUGAUUGGAGAGGUGUACGGAAGACGAGUUCAGGCUCGAGAGAGAAUGAAAUAAAACCAC